GGGUCUUAAAGCGGCGGCGGCGAUGCGCUCCCGGAGCGCCAUGAGCCGGGCGGUGCUGGUACUGCUGUGCGCCGGGCUGGGCGCCUGCCUCGCCGCGGGGACCACAGGUGCCCCUAGCGCGCCCCCUAGCCCGCGGCUGCGGGUGAAGUUCGGGCUCCGGCGCUCGGCCGACGCCGAGGAUGAGGGCUGUGCGCUGGAACUGGGCAGCGAGCGGAGUCUGGAGGAGUGUGGCUUCAACGCGACGGCCAGGACCUUCCUCAUCAUCCACGGGUGGACGAUGAGUGGCAUGUUUGAGACCUGGCUGGGCAGCUUGGUCUCAGCCCUGCAGGAGAGGGAGAAGGAUGCCAAUGUGGUGGUGGUGGAUUGGCUUUCUCUUGCUCACCAACUCUACACCGAUGCAGUGAACAACACACAAGUUGUUGGGAAGAGCAUAGCGAGGCUGCUCGACUGGUUGCAGGAGAUUCCUCUCUUUAAGCUGGAGAAUGUCCAUCUGAUCGGGUACAGCCUGGGUGCCCAUGUUGCUGGCUUUGCUGGUAAUCACGUCCAUGGGAAAAUAGGCAGAAUCACAGGCUUGGACCCUGCUGGCCCCAUGUUUGAAGGAGUGGACCCUAGCAGGCGUCUUUCCCCUGAUGAUGCUGCCUUUGUGGAUGUCCUUCAUACCUAUACGAGGGAAACGCUGGGUGUCAGCAUUGGGAUCCAGAUGCCUGUGGGCCAUGUUGAUAUCUACCCCAAUGGAGGGGACUUCCAGCCCGGCUGUGGACUGAGUGAUGUCCUGGGAGCCAUUGCCUAUGGCACAAUUGGUGAAGUUGUUAAGUGUGAACACGAGCGGUCUGUGCACCUGUUUGUGGACUCCCUCGUGAACCAGGAUAAACAAAGCUUCGCGUUUCAAUGUACUGAUUCCAGUCGCUUCAAGAAGGGCAUCUGCCUGAGCUGCCGCAAGAACCGCUGCAGCGGCAUUGGCUACAACGCCAGGAGGACACGGCACAAAAGGAACAGCAAGAUGUACCUAAAAACCAGGGCUGACAUGCCAUUCAAAGUCUACCACUAUCAGAUGAAGAUGCAUGUCUUCAGCUACAAGAGCCUGGGGGAGGUUGACCCCACCUUCUCUGUCACCCUCCAUGGCACCAACGGAGAAUCUGAGCCCCUCUCUUUAGAAGUGCUUGAGCAAAUUGGCCUUAAUGCUACCAACACCUUCCUGGUCUAUACUGAAGAGGACAUGGGAGAUCUUCUAAAAAUAAAGCUCACCUGGGAGGGAGCAACUCAGUCGUGGUACGAUCUGUGGAAGGAGCUAAGGAGCUACUGGUACCGGCCUGCCAGGUCCUCCCAGGAGCUGCACAUCCGACGGAUACGUGUGAAAUCUGGGGAGACGCAGCAGAGGUUUGCUUUCUGUGUGGAAGACUCCCAGCUGACCAGCAUAUUUCCUGGCAAAGAGCUCUGGUUUGUGAAGUGCACAGAUGAAUGGAAAAGAAGAUCUGUCUCAAACACACUCUGAAGAUUUCCCUGGAACCCACAAUGGAGCAAGCUGGACGCAUGAAGACCGUGACAGUGGGAAGAUGCUCUGGCAAAAAAAAAACCUUGGUAGCACUUAAAGCAAAUAGCUUUGCAGGACAAAAUACUUUGGAUCAGAUGAAAGAAACUGGGCAGCAGCUGAUGGACUGUGGUCCUGGACCCAGAAUAACUGCAGCUCCUUCCCCUGCCAGCCUGGGAGAUGCAUUUAGCCUUGCCCUGACUUUCCUGCUCCCAUUAACCAUGACUACAGAGGAUAACUCUGGAACUCCAGACCUCAGCAAUGAUGUCCUGGUCCACCACCAGUGGAGCUGAGAAGAGAACCAUAUGAACUGCUGGAUACAGUGAUGCCAGGAACCAGUUGGCAUCUACUGUAGGAGCACUAUGGGCUGGAGAAGGUGAGACCAGCACACACUCUGUGUGGGGUUGUGUAGGGAGGAGUGGGGAUAAGCACCGUGCCACUUAUGUUCAGGUUGUCCUCUGCUUGCCUUAGACCUGCUCUGUGUUUGGCUGAUGCUGAGAUCUGUGCAUCACUGCGUGCCAAGCAGCUCUCCGUCCUCCCUGUCCCUAUGGCAUAAUGCAAAAAAGUGGCAGCUGCUCCUUUCUCCUCAGUCCCCUUUCCUCAGUCCUUGCUCCUUGUUCAACAGUCCAUGUUAAUUAAUCUUUGUGAGAGGCAAAUAGCAGCUGCCCAGCACAGGAGGAAGGUAAUGGAACUGGACUGUUCCAGGAGAGCUUUGCACUUGUCCUUGUAACUACUGAGAAUGUCUGCCUCUGCUCCAAUGCUGCUGUAGUACCGGUGCAUAAUUAAGACCUUAUUUCCAUGUAAAGCAUUGAACUGAGCCAAUAGCCCAUCUUCAUUGCCACCACACCUUGCUUGUAUUCCUGGUGCCAGAUGAACGUGGCUUUGCUCUGAGCUUGGCACUCCACAGCUGGUCCCACUGGCUGCAGCAGAAUGGGUUGUAUCAGAGGUAAAACUUGUUAAUUUGCUGAGUUUUGGGAGGAUACUUGGUGUAACAACUCUGAACUUUUGGCAUGCAGCGAGACAACCUCAGAAAGUGGUGCUGCCACGUGGUGCACUGAGUUCUGAAGAUGGAGUGCAUCCUUUGAGGUUCUGAGUUCGUGUAGAGCUUCAAUCCGACCAAAGCACAUUUGGGGAUCUUUUUUAUUUCAUGGUUUUGUGCAAAGGUUUUAAUGAUUGGAGCCUUUGGUGAGUAGCUGAGACUUGUUACCCUGCCAUAUAUGGAGUGGUUUCAAAGCUCUGUUUGUAUAUUCUGGUUUUUGUAUGACUUUAAACAUUAUUUAUUUCUCAUGCUGUACAUAUGUAAAGUUUUAAAGAGUUUUGGUUCUGAGUUCCAGUUUUUAUAAGCCUUGAGAUGAAAAUAAAGAGCUCUGUAUG